AUGGUAGAUUCGGUAGGCCCAAGCGGCAAGUAUAGUUUCACUGAAGAUGAAUUAAAAAAUAUAAAUCCUAAAACAGCUUAUAAUAUCAACAUAGGCGUUCUUGGACAUAUUGAUAGUGGUAAAACUAGUUUAUCUAAGGCUUUAAGUGUAGUUACUUCAACAGCAUCUAUGGAUAAAAAUCCUUAAAGUUAAGAAAGAGGAAUAACAUUAGAUUUAGGAUUUUCUGCAUUUUUUACUAAAACACCAUAACGAUUAAAAGAAUAAUUGAAAUUAGAUUAUUUAUAAUUCACUUUAGUUGAUUGCCCUGGUCACGCAUCUCUAAUUAAAACAAUCAUUGGAGGAGCUUCUAUUAUAGAUAUUAUGUUUCUCGUUAUUGAUAUAAAUAAAGGAAUCUAAACUUAGACUGCUGAAUGUCUAGUAAUAGGAGAACUACUGAUGCAAAAGAUGAUAGUUGUAUUGAACAAAAUUGAUAUGAUUCCAGAAGAUAAAAGAGCUGAAACUAUUAGUAAGAAAAUGGAAUAAUUAAGAAAAGUAUUUUCGAAGACAAAGUUUGGAGCAAGUGUUCCAAUGAUUCCAAUUGCUGCAUCCUAAGGAGCAAUUGAUGGAUAAUCAUUACAUAUAGAGAAUUUGAUAGAUUGUUUGCUUGGUGAAAUAGAGAUUCCUUAAAGAUAAAAGGAUGGACCAUUUUUUUUCUUAAUCGAUCACUGCUUUCCUAUUAAAGGAAAAGGAAGUGUUGUGACUGGAACAGUUAUUUAAGGCUAGCAUAAAGCAGGUGAUGAAGUAGAAUUCCCUCUCAUAAAAGAAGUUAAAAAAUCAAAGCAAAUUUAAAUGUUUAAAAAACCAGUAGAAAGUAUUAUUUAAGGAGAUAGAGCAGGUAUUUUAUUUACAUAGUUGGAUAAUACUUUAAUUGAAAGAGGUAUAGCAUGCACUCCUGGCAUAAUUCAAUUCAUCUCAUAUGCAAUUAUUCCAGUAAACAAAGUUAAUUAUUUCAAAUAUCCCAUCUCGUCAAAAGGAAAAUUUCAUGUUACUACCGGUCAUUAAACUUUAAUGGCUUCUAUAAAGUUAUUUAAGGUUUAGAUUACUUAAGAAGAGCUUUUGAUUUUAGAAAGUACAAAGCAGAAUAUUAAUUUCUAGACUGAUAAAAAUAAAAAAGAUACAUUCAACUUUGAUUUUAAUAAAGAAUAUGAGUAUGUUGAAAACUAUGAUGACUAUCUUAAAGUUAAAAAACCUAAUGAGUGCCUUUUUGCUUUAUUAGAAUUUGAGAAGCCAGUUUGUGCUUCAAAUGGAACUCUUUUUAUCUGCUCAAAGUUUGAUACUGAUAUUACUGCUAAUAUAUGCAGAAUAGGAUUCUAUGGAAAUUUAAUUACAUAAUUAACAUAAGAAGAAUUAAAAAACAAAAAACUUAAAAUUUUUAGAGAGAAACUUAGAGAAGGUAUCAUCGAAAAAGUUAGUGAUGACUACUCUGUUAUAAUAAAAGACAUGUUUAAAAAAGAAACAAAAAUUGAAGUGUAUGUUAAUAAGCCUAUUGAGAUAUCCUUAACUAAAAAUGUUGGUAAAAUAUAAGGAGCCUUUGGUAAAAGCGGUAAAGUAAAAGCCGUUUUCCCUAACGGAGUCUUACACUAACCUAUUCAAGUAAAUGCUAAUGGAGAAGAGUAGAAAUAAAAUUAAGAUGAUAUUCUAACAGAAGAAAAAUUAGUUGGACAAACUGUUAUUUUAAAAUACAAUAAAAUUCUUUUCAACAAAUGA